CCUCUGUUAAUGGUGGUGGGAUGGAUUUGUGACGCUGACGUCUCUCCUCCUCCAGCCUUGCGUCGUGCCGUGCUGCUGUGGACGGGAGGGGGGAGUUGUUUGGGGCUGGUGGGCCGGAGCUGUCGCGUUCUCUCCCGGCUCGGCUAUUCGGUUCCUCGCUAGCAUCCGAUCCUCGGCCGGCAUGGGUCGUGAGGCGGCGGAAUGAGGAGUUUGCGGUGAUCGCUGCUCGUUUUCGGUAAACGCGAGUCGCUGCCGGCCGCUGCUGACAUCGAACACACCGUGAGGCCUUUCAGUCUGCAGAGCUGUCACAGUCUGUGUGUGGGUACAUUGUUGUGCUGCCGCCGUGGAAAGAUAAACGACAUAUGUCAUGUUCGUGUUGUGAGUUAGAGAUGAGAUGCAUUAGGUGUCUUGUUGAUUUGUGUUGACAUCACGAGGUUUACAUCAGCUGCAACACCUUGACUCCUGGAGUUACUACAGCAUUGUUAUUAUUGCCCUGUCACAUUAGCAGCCCCCCACCCCCACCCCUGAAGAGAGUGAGUAGCUAUGGCUGAGCAGGACAUUUGUCCCCACCUGGACUCCAUAGGGGAGGUAACCAAAGAUGACCUGCUCCAGAAAUCCAAGGGAACCUGCCAGUCGUGUGGAGCGGGUGGCCCCAACCUGUGGGCCUGUCUGCAGAAUGAUUGUCCCUACGUUGGUUGUGGAGAGUCCUACUCCGAUCACAGCACCCUGCAUGCACAGGCUAAACGGCACAACCUGACGGUGAACCUGACGACUUUCAGAAUCUGGUGUUACGUUUGUGAGCGGGAGGUGUUUCUGGAGCACAGGCCCGCCCUGGUGCCAGUACCUGCUGCUCCCCACCACUGCAAAGCCACGGAGCAGGAAGCAGCUCCUCAGCCAAUAGGUCACCCACUGAAAGCUGUUCCAAUCGCUGUGGCAGAAGAGGAAGGUUCAGAGUCAGACGAGGAUGAGCUGAAACCGAGAGGCUUGACAGGGAUGAAAAAUAUCGGAAACUCUUGCUACAUGAAUGCAGCUCUUCAGGCACUGUCCAACUGUCCUCCUCUCACUCAGUUCUUCCUGGACUGCAGUGGCCUGGUCCGCACUGACAAGAAGCCGGCUCUCUGUAAGAGCUACCAGAAACUCAUCUCAGAGCUCUGGCAUAAAAAACGGCCCAGCUAUGUUGUCCCCACCAGUCUGUCUCAUGGCAUCAAACUCGUAAACCCCAUGUUUCGUGGUUACGCUCAGCAGGUAGGGGCAAGCACCCAGCAGGACACUCAGGAGUUCCUGCGCUGUCUGAUGGACCAGCUACACGAGGAGCUGAAGGAGCCUCUGACGGAGUGCAGCAUGAGUGGCGAGGGAAGUGACGGAGAAGACAGAAGAGACGGCGACCGCUCUCCGUCAGAGGACGAGUUCCUGUCUUGCGACUCUGGCUCCAGCAGCGACCGGGGGGAGGGAGGAGGCACCGGUGACGGUGAGCUGCUCGUGCAGGAUGAGUGCGACGGCGUCCGGUUGCCGGUGGCCGGCAUCAGCCCCUGCGGGGUCAUCUCUGAGAAGGAGAGGCUGAAGGAACGACGAGUGUCCGGCUCGUCGCUGCGUGGAGGCUCACAAGAGAUGGACGAGGACGCUGAUGUGGAUACAGCAGCUGUGGAGGAGGUCCCUGAGAGGGCGGCGGAAGAGGAGACGACACCAACGCCAAAUGCUGAGGUUCAAAACCAAGAGAACAACCAGGAAUCGAAUACUCCACAAGGGCAAGGCCAGAGCAGCAACACCUCAGAGCCAGACAAUGAAGCAUCCAUGACCCAACCACAGUCCACUCCCUGCAGUCCUGUGCGGACACUGCAGGAGCUGCACACCAAACUGUCCUCCAGUCCACCUCGCUCCAGCCCGCUCCGCUCUGCAGGACCACUGUACUCGUUCAAGAAAGCUCAGCUGCUGCUCAGUGCCAGGAAGAAGAAACAGUCCCACUAUCGCAGUGUGAUCUCCGACAUCUUCGAUGGCUCUAUCCUCAGUCUGGUCCAGUGUUUAACCUGUGACAGGGUGUCUAACACAGUGGAAACCUUCCAAGACUUGUCCCUCCCUAUUCCUGGUAAAGAGGAUUUGGCCAAGCUCCACUCGUCCAUCCACCAAAACCUUCCAGUCAAGACGGGAGUGUGUCCCGACACUUAUGGCUCGCAGGGCUGGAUCUCCUACAUCAUGGACUCCAUUCGACGGUUUGUGGUCUCGUGUAUCCCCACUUGGUUCUGGGGGCCCAUGGUGACACUAGAGGACUGCCUUGCUGCCUUCUUUGCUGCAGAUGAACUCAAAGGGGACAACAUGUACAGCUGUGAGAGGUGUAAAAAGUUGAGAAACGGUGUCAAAUAUUGCAAAGUGCUGCGACUUCCAGAGAUUCUGUGCAUUCACCUGAAACGUUUCCGUCACGAGGUCAUGUACUCGUUCAAGAUUAACAGUCACGUGUCGUUCCCGCUGGAGGGCCUCGACAUGCGACCCUUCCUGGCUAAGGAGAGUCCAUCUCAAGUCACCACUUACGAUCUGCUGUCAGUCAUUUGUCACCACGGCACGGCAGGAAGUGGACACUACAUAGCUUACUGUCAGAAUGUGAUCAAUGGACAGUGGUAUGAGUUUGAUGAUCAGUAUGUCACAGAGGUCCAUGAGACGGUGGUGCAGAACGCAGAGGCCUAUGUGCUGUUCUACAGGAAGAGCAGCGAGGAGUCAGUGAGAGAGCGGCAGAAGGUGGUGGCUCUGGCCAACAUGAAGGAGCCCAGCCUGCUGCAGUUUUACAUCUCCAGAGAAUGGCUCAACAAGUUCAACACCUUCACAGAACCAGGCCCCAUCAGCAACCACACAUUUCUCUGUCAGCAUGGGGGGAUCCCUCCUAAUAAAUACCACUACAUUGACGACCUGGUUGUGAUAGUUCCUCAGAAUGUGUGGGAGUACCUUUACAACAGUUUUGGAGGCGGCCCUGCAGUCAACCACCUGUACAUGUGUGCCAUCUGCCAGGUGGAGAUCGAAGCCCUGGCUAAACGCAGAAAAAUUGAAAUUGACACCUUCAUCAAGUUGAACAAAGAGUUUCAGGCCGAAGAGGCUCCGACAGUGAUCCUGUGUAUCAGCAUGCAGUGGUUUAGAGAGUGGGAGAGCUUUGUGAAGGGCAAAGACAAUGAGCCGCCUGGUCCCAUCGACAACAGUAAAAUUGGCGUCAUGAAGAGCGGACACAUACAACUAAAGCAAGGUGCAGACUAUGGUCAGAUCUCAGAGGAGACGUGGCAGUACUUGCUGGGUAUUUAUGGUGGCGGCCCUGAGAUCGCGGUGAGACAGACGGUGGCCCCUGCCGACCCCGACAGCCUCCACGGCGAGAGGAAAAUCGAGGCAGAGACCAGAGCACUUUGAGAUAAACAGAGGUCCUCUGAUUCCACUUUCCACUCCUGCCCUCACAAGACGCUGGGGAAUUUGCACCUUGGUGAAGAAACCUCGCUGUGAGCACUUUGUAAAUGUAGCAACAUAUUACGCCGAGUCUGUGCCGCAGGGAGGUGAAAAAGGCACUUAACUAUCACAUAGUUUAUUUAUUGGACAACUCUGAUCCUCGAUGUUAAAGGUGUAGUAAUAAUCGUAUCAGCAUCCCUGGCUGUGUGUGGUAGCUAUGGUGUUUCAGUGGCUGCUGCAUAGCGACUAUAGGUGUCAUAUACUGCUCAGCUGGCGGUGGUGAGCCGGCAGCCGCUGGCGUCGUGAGCCAGAAUGACGAGGAGGACAGAACUGCAGCGUGAUGUUUGGUUUUCAUGACUUCUCCUCUAGUCGUCAGAAGCAACAACCAGUAGACGUUAACAAGCUUUAUGUGGUUUGCCUGUUUACUAGUUGCAUAGGAACGUGAGAGAUAUUGCAUAAAUUAUACUCUUGCACCUCCAACCUUAAAUAGACAAACACUGAGCCCUCAGGAAUGAAAGACUUCCGUUUGUUUAAACCAGUGAAAUGAGGAGAUUGAUGGACUCCUUAGAGCAAAAUACCACAGUGGGUUUGUUUGCAUGUAUGAAGUCUUAAAAAAAACAUAUUUAGGGUAAUUUAUAUUUGAACAGCUUUAAAAGACAUGCAACUGCAAACUCCUCUUUUUGGACCAGUAAGGAUAUUUCACUGACACCAGUUGUUCGGUGGGACAAUAACAAAUUUAAUUGUUCAAAAAUAUGGAAAUAUUGACUAUUUCUAUUCAGUUUAUAUCAGUUCUAUCCAAUAAUCAACCUUAGUAAUAUGGUCAUAAACAUGUAGAUAUAAUUUUGAACAGUAGAGUAGAGAAAUACCAAAUUUAUGAAAAGACUGAUUUAAGACAGAGAGAUUGCAAAGUAAAGCAAAUUAUAUAUCUGGUGCAAUAACAGGCUUCUCUGAUAGUGAGUUUACACAGUGAGGUUGUAGGUUUUUUUGCGGCAUGAAUAACAUUGCUGUAUAUUCGAAGAUAUAAAUCCAAAUUGACCAGGAAUGCAGUGUCCAUGACCAAGAGGGGGCAGUAUUAAACGAGAUGAAAGAAAUAAUCUCACGAUAAUUAGCACAACAUGCACAAACUCAGACCUGUAACAGCAGUGAGGUCAUUUAUGGUACUAUUUUUUUUGUCAAAUAUAUUUAUUUAUUGUUGAAAUACAUUGUUUUCAGUUCAUCAGAUGAAUGAAGCUGUUUCCUGUGGAAGGGGUUGUUUACUAGAAGGUAAUUGCUUAUAAAAAUAUUUAUGCAUCUUUAAUUUAUCAUUGCCGAAGAUGCAUUUCAGUAUUCCAUGUAAAAAUGCAACUGUCGUCACAAUGUAAUACACCAUGAUUUUCUUAUUCAAGAUUCUGUUGUAAAAACACAUCCAUCCAAAGAGCAAGAAACACGACGAUCUCCAAAUCACAGAGCUCAGUUUCGAGAAACUUUGAUUAAAAUCUUCUACCUAUAAUGUUUCUUAUGUAUAUAAUUUAAUCACAAACCGAUCAGACACACGUGUUUUGUACAUUUUACAUAAUUUGAGACAGUUCUAACUUCUCCCAAGUUUCUGGCAGCCACUAUGUUUUAAUCUGAAAUAUCAAGAAAAACAUAUUGAGUAGAUUGUCUCUUCAUUCUAAAUCUAAUCAGUGCGAGGUUACAUUCUAAGUGGAGUAAAAUCUGGGCGAAAUGGCGAGUCAGUCUAAGUCUAGUUAAAUAAACCUGGUCCUCCUCUGUCUCACUGUAGAUAAAUCACAUACUUGCCUUGUUUGCUGCCACUUUUUAAGGUUAGCAUUGAGUAUGUAUUUAUAUUUAAAUAUCACAAUUCAUUUAUACUUCUUAUAGAUUGUGAAGAAAACAUUAAAUUCUGAAUUUAUAGUCAAUUUACUGAUGUCAAAAUCCCUUGAGUCACAUUACAUGAAAUACCAAUGCACGGUUAAUAAAUUGCUUUUAAACAUUUUUGAUGAUCACUAAUCGCUAACAGCAAUUAUAUUUAUUAGACUGUCAAAGAAAAAUGCUGCUAUUAAGAUAUUACCAGUCACAACUAACACAAGACUAUUUGAUAUACACAAGUGACAGUUAAGCAUCAAGAAACAUGAGUAAAAACCUGCAGUUUUCAAUGCAAUAUAACUAAAUAUGAGAAUUCACAGUGUACGGAACGGUUCUUAAGCUGCUUUGCAGUAUUCACGUGAUACAGUCGUCCUUACAUUUUGAUUUUUAUCUACUGAUUUUGUUGCAUCAUUAGAAGAAUUAAAUCCAAAAUAUAUACAACCGAAUUAUAACCUGGAAUGUCUAUGAAGUAAAAACUGAUGAGCUGCAGUAUAGUCACCCUACCUUGGAACACAGUGCCUUCAAGCCCUUCUACACCCACAAUGCACCUGCACAGGUCUCGGUGACCUCAUAUAAAUUCCCCGCAUAGCUCUGCUCAACCUCCGCCUAAGCCUCGGUCAGCCACAUCAAGCGAAAACAUCUGUUUGUGUUCGGAGGCCUCCGUAAAACUUCACUCAAGAAAUUACAGAAGUGCAUUGCUUUCACAGAGGAAAUGAAAAGUGUCUCAUAAUAGUGGGUUAGUAAGUCAAGUUAUGACUAAUUUAUCUUGUAAUUAUUAGGAAAGAUCGCAUACAUUUCCAAACUUGUAAUUAGAAGGAAACAAUGAGACAUGUUGGCUUCAGGACGUGCCAGUGACUCAACUGGUUUUAUGAUGUCUUCAGCAUCAGAUAAAUUCAUUGGUAGCUGUUAGUAAAUCCAGUGUUUCAUUAUCGCUGUUUAAUCUUGUUUUCACCCAAAAACUUGAUGAUUGAUUAAAUUUGACUCAUUUCUCUACCAGACCAGCUUCCUGUAAUUAUGGAAUCUGUUCUUGUGAUUAUCAGAUAGUAAAUCUUAUUAACGAUAAACAGUAACCAUAGUUACAAGAUAACAUCACCAACCUGUUUUUGUGAUGAGAAUGCAAUUCACUUUCGUGAGAAAGAAAGCUAUUUCACACUUUCACUGUGCUGUUAAUCUCCCAGCUAUAUUUCAUUGUAGGAUCUGUCAAAAGAGGUGACAUUGAUCACAACAAUUUAAUUUGAAGUUGAGUAGGGAGGGUGAUGCCAAAAAAUAGACAUGAGCUCAGAGGGGUAAAAAGAUGUGGAAGAAAUAGCUGGAUAUUGUGGAAAUGAUUUGCUUAAUCACUUUGUUUUAGUUUGAUGAUCCUCUCAUGUCUAUAACCAUAAAACCACAAAAGUUAUUAGUGCAUAAAAAUAAUUCAACAGACAAAAACAGACUUGUGAAACAUAUUGCAUCUGAUAAAGUCUCAACAAACUCAGCAGAUAAGGACAAAUAUCAGAACCUAAUUAAAAGAUCUUCCCCGUGGCUUUAUAUCCAGGAAGGUGUGAACCAGAGCAGGUGUUUUGACAGACUUUUCACCGCAGAUAUUUUGACUUAGCAUAGCGACACCAUAACAAUCCCGAUACUGAUUUAACUGUCAGCUGAAGAACAAUCGUUCAAGCCAGAGCGCCUAGAUGGAAGGUAGCCUUGGAGUUUUUAAAACAGAGCAGUGAAGGGUUGAUUGCAGGUGGAUUUUAAAUCUGUAUCCAUCUAUAUCUUUAUCUGUAUGAUCUAACAUUAGAAACACUGUAUAAAACAACACUGACAUAUAUCACCAUUAAAGUUAAACAUCCAGCCGCCACAGAGCAACUUUAUCAUUUGGCAAAUGUGAGUCCAAUGUUACCUCCCUUCUAGCUCUGUUUUUGGUCUCCACCAACUCCUAAGAGAAAAGUAAUGCUACGAGAGUGGUGCAAAGAAGCUCAUUAAAGCUGCAGGUACAUUUAUAUUCAGUUGACAAUUGUGUUCAUCACUCGAAGCGACCCCUUUCAGAUUACAGGUUGUAUUAACGAUUCUAAAAUCAUUGAUUAAACCCACUUUGAGUUCAAAGCAGAUGGCUGUGUUGCAGCCAGCUAAUGUUAAUGUGACCAGCAGAGUGAAGAUCAUUUGUCAGACAUCUCAGGUGACUUUAAAUGAAUGUCACAGAACAACCCCAAAUCUGUGGUUGAGCCUCAGAGAGUCUGAAUUACCAAGGACCAAAAUAAUACUAAUAAUUAAUUUCUCCUGAAGAUGUCCAACUGUGACAUGUCAAACAUCUGUUGACUUUAUUCCAGGCGAUCGAAAUCCAUGUUGUGUUUGUCAAUGUGUCCAAAGAACAAUUCAUCCGUUUUAUUAACAGAAAAUAAUCAUUUCAUAUUCAUCAAGUUUUAUCUUUUCUUUUCCCACAUGUCCAAAGUAUAUCUACAAAUGAUAAUAUUAAUACAGUGGGUAUAUGUGUGCUACGUUUAGAUACCUUCUCAGAGAAUAUGUGCAAUGAAAAAGAAAAUACAAAUAUUUGUGCAAUCUUCGCCCUGUCAUCAGAGAUACUGGACAGCUACCGACAGAGCUGGCAGUAAAACCUGGGGCAGCGCAGUGUUGAGUGGUAAUUACUCAUCCCAACCUGUGAGUUUGUCUACUAGAAAUUACAGCACCUAGCCAUGCGUGAGGGAUUUCAAUUUCACUUGAAGACGCAGACAUUUCUGUGGUUGUUCAGUAGAAUCAGGCCUGCACUCAGCACAACAUCACUGGCUCAUGUUUUCAUCCUCACAGUGUGUGUGGUAGUUGUGGUCAUGAUUUCGGUGAUGCUUUCAAACAAUAUGGGAUUUAAGUGCUUGACCUCAAUUCUAUGGGAUGUCUUAAUGUGUUGUGUAACUGAUGUAAUUAAUCAUGACUGGUUAAAUGAUUAAA